AUUUCUUAAUAAUAACAAUAAUGUCUAAUUUGUUAUUAAUGUCUUAGUGUGCAUGUUGCAGAUAGUUAAGUUUUAGUUUUCUAUAAAUCGUAAAAAUUACAGUUGAUCACAGAUCUUCAGUUUAAAGGUCAGAAGUAAGGAACGCGCUUCUUCCUAUUUUUUCAAACUUUUUUUAUAUUUGAAAUGGCUUGGUUUGAUAUAGCAGCUAAAAAACUUGGAUUCCCCAGUAUUGAGCUGUUUGUUAAGGCAGGAACUGAUGGGGAAAGCAUUGGAAACUGUCCUUUUUCUCAGAGACUGUGCAUGAUACUCUGGCUAAAGGGAAUCAUAUUUAAAGUCACUACUGUGGACCUUAAAAAAAAACCACCUGAUUUGCAAGAACUUGCACCAGGAACAAACCCACCAUUUAUGACCUUCAAUGGUGAAGUGUUGGUAGAUGUAAACAAGAUUGAGGAAUUUCUUGAGGAAAGGCUUUCACCACCACAGUAUCCCAAGUUGGCUGCUAAACACCCAGAGUCAAACAUUGCAGGAAUUGAUGUGUUUGCCAAAUUUUCUGCCUAUAUCAAGAACUCUCACAAACAUGCAAAUGAUGCCAUGGAGAAAGCUCUGUUGAAGUCCCUGAAGAAACUGGAUGACUAUUUGCAGUCUCCAUUGCCAGAAGAGAUUGAUGCCAACAACUCCGAUGACCCAGGACCAUCAAAACGCAAUUUCCUGGAUGGACCAGAUUUAACUCUGGCAGACUGCAACCUGCUUCCCAAACUUCACAUCAUCAUGAUUGUUGCAAAGAAAUAUAGAAGUUUUGAGAUUCCAGCCUGCAUGGAAGGGAUUUGGCGAUACCUGAACUCUGCCUACCAGAGAGAGGAGUUUAGGAGCACCUGUCCUGCAAAACGAGAAAUUGAGUUUGCCUAUUUGAAUGUUGUCAAAAAUCUAAUAUGAGUUUGGUGUUAGGGAAAGAGAUUGUGAGAGGAAAUUAUGAGUGUGUGAUAGUGUGGGAGAGAGGAGAGGGACAUGGUGAGAGGGAGAAAGGAAAAGAUCAAGAGAGGAGACAACGUGUGAAAGAGUGAGUUUGUGUGUAAAAGCGUGAGCAAUCCAGUGAGAAUUAUGUUUGCUAAAAUGUGGCAUCAUUUAAUGUUUUGCACAUUAUGAAUGUUGGGA